UUUAUUUCAGCAUAAUAAAGUUUCUGCAGUAGCUGUGCAUCGCGUGAAAAACCGCCACAACGGACGCUUCGUAUUUACUUUUGACGCGCCGCUCGCGUCCGGUGGACAGCGUGUUUGGUUCAGGGUGAAAUUCAAAACUGCACGUUUACAAAUGUCAUAGCAACCGAGCGGUCGCCUCUUUAACGCACCGCUGCCGUAGACAUUAUUUUUAUGCGCGACUGUGGAGUUAGCAGAAGGCUGUGCUGCAAUAGCUGGAUAUUGAACACCACGAUGUGCUCCUGAAGAAGAGUUGCAAAGCAAUGAUGUCAUAGUUUUAAGUAGGAGCCACGGGAGAGCAUAUGGUUCGUACCCGCUACCGAAAGGAAGUGUUGCUUUGUUAUGAGCAGGCGGCGCUGUAGCUGGCGGAAGAGGAGGUCGCCCAGCCCAGUGUCUCUUCGCCUGGAAUAGAGAAGCCCAGGAGAAGACGCGAAAACGGUGAGAAGACAAAGCUGCUACAAUGGCCGCGAAAUCCGACGGGGUGCUAAAGAUGAAGAAGAGCGAUGUAGCAUUUACGCCUUUGCAGAAUUCGGAUCACUCGGGUUCGGUUCAAGGGCUCGCUCCGGGAUCGCAGCCGGAUUCUGGAACCGGAGAGGCGGACUUCGUCAACGGGGAGUCGCGGUGCUGUGGCUCAAAUUCGACAUGUCUCCGCCUCAGCAGGGAGCAGCAGAAAUACACGGUCUGGGACUUUCUGUGGAUCCUCGCCGCAGUGUCAGUGUAUUUCGCGGAUGUGGGCACUGAUAUUUGGCUUUCGGUCGACUAUUACCUCCGCCGCGACUACUGGUGGUUCGGGCUUACGCUGUUUUUUGUGGUGCUCGGCUCGUUCUCCGUGCAGGUCUUCAGUUUCCGCUGGUUCGUCCAUGAUUUCAGCACCGAGGAGAGCUCUGGCGGCGGCGGCGGUGGCGGCGCGGCGAGCUGCUCCCACAUGGACGGGAAGCUGCUCAGCUGCUCCGCUUCGCACGGAGACGUCGGAGCCCACCCGUCUACGCCUCAAAGACAGGCGUCCACGGCGAGCAAGAGCAACACCACAAGCAACAGCAGCAACAGCGCUACCGCAGCCCGGACUAGUAAGACACGCUCAGCGUCCUGUUCCCUCUGUAUCUGGCUGUUGCAGUCCGUCAUUCACAUCUUACAGCUCGGACAAAUCUGGAGGUAUUUCCACACCAUCUAUCUGGGCAUCAGGAGCAGGCAGAGUGGAGAGAAUGACCGCUGGAGGUUCUACUGGAGGAUGGUGUACGAGUAUGCUGACGUCAGCAUGCUCCACCUACUGGCCACAUUCCUGGAGAGCGCACCUCAGCUGGUGCUCCAGCUCUGUAUCAUCAUACAGACUCACAAACUCCAGGCUGUGCAAGGGAUAACAGCGGCUGCUUCUCUGGUGUCACUGGCCUGGGCUCUGGCCUCCUACCAGAAAGCCUUGCGUGAUUCCCGCGAUGAUAAGAAGCCCAUCAGCUACCUUGCUGUCAUCAUCCAGUUCUGCUGGCACUUCUUCACCAUCGCCGCUCGCGUAGUGACCUUCGCUCUCUUCGCCUCCGUGUUUCAGCUCUACUUCGGCAUCUUCAUCGUGCUGCACUGGUGCAUCAUGACCUUCUGGAUCGUACACUGCGAGACCGAAUUCUGCAUUACCAAGUGGGAGGAGAUCGUCUUUGACAUGGUGGUGGGAAUCAUCUACAUCUUCAGUUGGUUCAACGUGAAGGAGGGACGCACCCGCUGUCGUCUCUUCAUCUACUACUUCAUGAUCCUGCUAGAGAACACGGCCCUGAGCGCGUUGUGGUACCUGUACCGCUUGCCACCCAGCACAGACGCCUUCGCCGUGCCCGCUCUGUGCGUCAUCUUCUCUAGCUUCUUCACUGGGAUUGUCUUCAUGCUCAUGUACUACACUUUCUUCCAUCCCAACGGGCCGCGCUUUGGCCGCUCGGCUAGCCUGGUCCAGCUUGAGGACCCUACUGCUACCUUCAUGCUGCCCCCUGAGGGCGCCACCAACUCCCUGCGCUCCAACCGCGGAGGUACACUAGCCAGGGACGCUGACCGCGAGGCCAAGUACAGCGAGAGGGAUGGUUGCGUACCCGUCUUUCAGGUGCGGCCCACCGCACCCUCCACACCUUCCUCCCGUGCCCCGCGCCUGGAGGAGACAGUCAUCAAAAUAGACUUGUGCAGGAACCGCUACCCUGCCUGGGAGAGGCACGUACUAGACAGGAGUAUACGUAAAGCCAUCCUGGCCAUCGACUCGUCUCCGACCCCGCCGCGCCUCCAAUAUAAAGACGACACAUUGGUUCAAGAGCGUCUGGAGUACGAGACCACCUUGUAGCCUGCGCUGUGGAAACACACAAACAUUAACACAUUACUGUCCACUUGAAUAAACAGCAGGACUGUGGCAAUAACGUUCCUUGCAUACAUAGCAUCUAGCCAUGAUGUUGAUUGUCAUGGACAAGCAAAUAUAGGCACAACAUAUUUGUGGACAAAUGAAAUAAUCAAUCUUUUUUAAGCCGUUCUCUCGUUGCUUUUUAUUUUUUAUUACUUCUGUCUUGUCAGGGAAUAUCUGGGUUUCUAAAAGUCAUUGCACUGGCUGAUAGAGACCACAAACCCCUCGGUCCUCCUCAGUGUUGUACAGACCUUCAUUCCCAGAGUUGAUUGUCCUUGAGCCGACGUCUCCAAGAGGACAUCCAGAACACUUCAUAGUUUGUCUCUUGCAGCAAAUGCAAAACAAAGGCCUUUCCCUUUGAAACCAAGCAUCCAGUGCACUCAAACCAACUGACUACCCACCGCACUGGAGAAACAGUGGUCCAAAUAUCACGUCGAUGGUACACAAAUAAAAAAAAUUGCUGAUUAGACUCGAGACGUCCUUGUUUAGGGUGCUGUAACCUAUUAGUAGUGUUUCAUCAGCAGUUCUGUACCAGUGCCAAAUGCUCCACUCACACUGACUCCACGCUGAACUGUGGCUCGACCACAUACUGUAUAUAUAAACAGGGCAGCAUUUCAACCAUCUACUUGAAUCCUGUACAGAGAAAAAAAGACGAGAAAAGAAAGUAUGUGAUCAUCACAAGAGUCCAAGCCACUUGGGACAACAAAACAGGGAGAACACACACUCGUUUUCUUCUUCGGGAGAAGACAAUAGGCCAAGAAAACACUUCCUGGCAGCUCCCUUUGGUGAUCCGGCCUCAUUCACUUCACUGCUGUGGGCUGACAAGGAUCUGUUUGGUUCACAGCAAAGUGGGGGGCAAAGACCAUCACAGUUCACACAGUGUCCGCCAAACUGUACUCGACAGAACCUGGAUGCGCUUCAUCUUUUAGGUUAAAGAUACAGUGUUCUUCUAGGCUGGGUCAGGUUUUGGUGUGUCUGUAUCGGUACAGUAAAAUAAGUUAAAGGUGCACAAAUAGACAAUAAACGGGGUCACUUCUCAACACAUUCAGAAAGCCGGUGUACCAAUCCAAACUCUGCAGUGCGAUCAAGACUUUCUCCAUCAGGCUCUUCAAUUGGCAACUCACGGUCUACAAAUCAAAGUGUCAGGGAUAAGUAGUCUGCGACAGAGUGCAGACUAGCUAAUGUGCUCCGAAUGACGCUCCGGGCCCUAUGGUUCAACAAAUCACAUCUGCCUAAAAGAGCACUGUAUCUUUAAAUCAGCCAAAAGCAUCCUUUAUAUAUGAAAGUGUUGGAGUUUUAAACUUUCCGUUCAGUUGCAAGUGCUUCUUUGUGUCUUUAUGUCGAAUAUCCGAAGGAGACGUGGAGGUGAGGGCAGAAAAAGAAAAAAGAAAACAAGCACAAAACUUGUCACAGGAAGGAGUCUCGGCACAAUGAAGGAUUUCUUUACACUUACGUUGAGAGACAAGGUGAAAUUUUACUGCGACAGAAGCUAGAUGUGCCUGCCUGUUGUGGAUAGUUUGCGAUUUUGAAAGUGUGGGAAAAGUGUUUUAUGUGUAACCUUUUUUAUACUCUAUUUUCUUUGGUUUUCUUUUUGGUUUUUGAUGGAUUUUAAACAUGUGUCUUACAAAAUGGUUGAUUUUAAGGUGCACAUUAUUUUGCUUAAUGCCAUUUAACUGUGUGGAGAUGACUGAUAUAGGACGGUUAGAUUUGUUUUGCUUCAGUUGGUCAUACCUGAACUGUAAUUUGUAGCUUUGAAACACUCCUGAGGUGUUGUAACGUCCUACCAUUGGUGGCAAAUGAACUGAAAGCAUAGUUGUUUUAGCCUGCAGCAAUCUGCAUUUUGCAGACAAAGAUCCUAAUUGUGUUGCAAAUAAAAAAAGAAAAUAGAACAGAAAACAUGAUUUAGAUGAGAUUGUAUGAAUCUAUAACCAGUACCACAGUGAAACGUAGACCUGUAUAUUUUAGCUAUUUUGCUACUUUCCUAUCUCGUCAGCAUUUUUUCCCCAAUGUGUCUUAUACUUUAAUUUCUCUGUGUGAUGGAUGAUGAUGUUACUUUGUCUCUUGGCAAAAUUUUCCAAACAUCCCUCCAAAAGAGUCCCCUGUAGUCAGAGCACAAAAAACUUGUGUUAGCACAGUAAUUAGCCAAUUUUCAGAUUUAAAUUGCUGCACCACCUACACAAGACCAUUUUUGAUGUACACCUCUGCGAUAUUAUACGUAUCAAUCAUUUUCAAAAGCAUCCCACGUUUUUUUAGAUUUUCCCAUAAAUACCAUGAUAUUUUUUUUUGUUUCAGUGAUACCCCAAGCACACUGCACACUGCGCUUUGGUUCAUUUGAUUAAGAGGAGCAUCCUAAUGGCAACACUUGCCGUGUCUGUGAGUUUUGGUGACAUUCUUCUUCAUCAGGUGCAAGGCCUCAUUUUUUUUUUUUUUUUAAUGUUGAAAUAUGACAUGAAUUUAAAACACUCAAUGCAAUGUGAUGCAUUCAGCACAUGCAGAAUGAAUCAAGGUCUUUACAUAAAAGGAUGUGUAGAUGUUUGGAGAUGCUGAAUAGCCCGUUUUGAUGGCAUAUUCUCCACAUUAUUAAUGAUAAUACUAUUAUUCAAAAACGAUUGGAGAAGUCCUGCAUAUGUCACAAGAGAGAAGUCAGCCGUUUUCACCGGAAAACGACGAGGUCAGAAAAAAAAGAAAAAGAAAGACGUGGAUGAAUAGCUUACAAUAAGAUCUUUAACAUGUAUUUAGAAAAUAGAGAGUGUGAAUUUUAAUAUUCACUGUAAUAAUAAUCUGGCAGGGGUUGGAAUUUAGCCCAACACGUGUGAGUAGGUAUACCAACGUCUUAACAUUUAAGCUAAUCAUUACGUUACAGCUAAACUAUGUAUCUUUAUUUUGCACUUCUAGUUCUAUUUUUCUAUCUGGGUUUUAUCAAUAAACCUAGAGAUAUCAUAGUCAGCCAUUUCUUCGCUCUGGAAAAACUUCAUACCUGUAACCUACCUCAAAGCGGUAUUUUAAACAGACCACUCUCCAGCUCUAGUUGUUGAUGUGGCUGAUAUGAAGGAAUUUAUUGUGAUGGAGUCCCGGUGGAUGAGCGAAGGAGUUGAAGGCUGCUCUGUUUAUUACCAGUACAUCAGUAGAGCCGAGUUCAAAAGCAGGACUUAUUUUACAACUAUUCACAGCAGGAGAACAUUCAAUUCAUGCAAGCUGAUUCUGUUUUAUUUGCCUUAAACGACGCUCGCCUUUUUGUGGAUUCAUUAUCUGUAAGUGAAAUUUUCUGUUUGUCUCUUUUGGUUUAGUUUUAGUCAUGCACAUGAUGCUCCGGUUGCUGUCAUGCUAGUAUGACGACGUUGCAUUAUUGAUUAGCGUACUUACUGUGCUCCCUGUUGAAAAAUCCAGUAUGCUGGUUAGGUAUGUUUUGAAGCAUGGCUGCUGGUUUAAUCUGGUUCUUAGCUGGUCAUGAGCUGGUCCUGAGCAGGAGCUAGUUUCUUAGGACCAGCUUAAACCAGCUCAAACCAGCUGCCAUGCUUCAAAACAUACCUGGGUUUGUUUUUUUCAACAGGGCUUAUACCGCAAGCAGAAGAAACCAGACUGAACCGAAAUUGUAUAUGCAGACAAACAAUCAAAAUGACGACCCACAUAGUCAGGGGUCACGGGCCGUACUGUUACAAGAUUGUGAGCAUUUUGAAUCAGUUUGCAAACACCGAAUGACUCGGAGAGCUGCUAUGAAAUGUGGCAUCUUUCUUUUGUUGAAUAAACAAAUUGAUCCUCAGUCACAACACGUAGACAUAGAUACUUAGCUAAACUAGAAUGCCAUAAAUGGGGGUAAAAAAAGAAAUUUACAUUUAGAUAAAUGAUAAUCGGUGGUUAUUUAUUAAGCACGAUAUUAGUACAAGCACAGUAAUUGAAUGAACUCGGUGGCGUUCAGUUCAGCGUUCAGAAAUGAUGUACAGACUUUACUGGUAUUUCAGUUGCAACGGAAGUUCCAUAGUGACUUGCAAAAGGCUAUUUAACUGUAAAUAAAUGUAUGCAAAUGUACAUGUGUAAAAGAACAUUCCUCUCUGAGUCAUUGGUCGUGAAGGGUGUCUAUUGACUAGAGAUUGGCAGUUACAUAUGACAUAAUACAGAUAAAACUAGUGUGGUGUAUGUGAUGUAAUAAAUGACAUAAAAAAGCAAAAAACAAAAAAACUGUUUAUUAUUGGUCUCUUAAGUAAGUUGUAUCGUGUGAUGAAAGUCUGAAGUGCGUAAAAUGCAUCAAAUCUGUUAUCUGAUUUUAUUGUAAAUUGAAGAGUAAAAACAAAAAGAACGUUACAUUUUUGUACAUAUUGGAUUUUUGUAAAUUUUUAUUUGAUUCUAAUGCAACACAAAGUACCAAAUUCAUUUAAUAAAAAGUACACUGUGGUCAUUUUAUUAGACUUACUUGCAAUCUUCUUUCGGAUUCGCAGUUAAUGUGUGAAUAAGGUCCAUUUUAAUUUUUAGUAUGUCAGUAACUGUUUCAAGGUUGGAAAAAAAAAAGCAUUGGUGAUGGGCAAAUCUGCUUUUUCAGAAAUGCAAGGCUUGGUGAUUAGUUUGUCUGAAUAUGUAUUCUCACACCUCCUAUAUGAUUUAAGGUUUUACACCUUAAUUAGAAGAGACUCCCGGAGAGGCUGAAAGAAAAUUAGGAGCACAUGUAUAAUGCAAGGAGAGAUCAUGAAUAAUAAAGAUUUUCUUCCAAAAAAAACACUUUUUAUUUUUCCAAGUGAUUUUUUUUGGGGGGAGAGUUACAAUGGAUGCACAGAUGCUGUAAGUUAAUACCAAACAGAUUUAUAAAUAGCAACACUGGUGCAUUUGCAUAUCAUACACCAAAUACACCGGAUGUGCACAGACAUCACAGGACAAGGGUGACUAAGACCGCGCUCAUGCUGACAUUUGAUCUUUGUCUCCCAAAGGAUCAUGGAAGAGUGCUUCACUGAGCACACGAUUGCAUUAAAACUGUUUUACCAACACUGAAUCCAUCAGAAUAUUCAGUUUUAUUGUGAAUAAUAAAAUCUCUUAUAAAAAUCACACAUUUACAGCCAUUAUUUCUACUUAUUAGGUUUGAAGAGCCUUGAUGUAAUGAACUAGUAAAUCAAUACAUUUCAGGAAUGUUACAAAAUCUUAAUGAAUUCUGAAAGACCUGUAUGCGUUGUCGCCUGAAUAAAGUCAUUAGCAGUUGCAUACUUAUUUUUUUUUUUGAGAGCAGGACAAA